GAAGACCUCUAGUCGAUCGCUCUCUACGAUUUCAUUUUUCUUUGUCUUGCUACUCUCUCAUCGAUUAGGGUUUUACUGCCUCUCGUUUGCGUUUCAAUUUAUUCGAUAGGAUCGCAAUUCCUUUUAAAAUUUUGCAGAGGUGAACGGCGAUGUCUCGUGUGUAUGUUGGGAACCUGGAUCCACGUGUUUCCGAGCGAGAGCUUGAAGAUGAAUUUCGCGUCUACGGUGUUCUGAGGAAUGUGUGGGUUGCUAGAAGGCCACCUGGUUAUGCAUUUGUUGAGUUUGAUGAUCGCAGAGAUGCACUAGAUGCUAUUCGUGCAUUGGAUGGGAAGAACGGGUGGCGAGUAGAGCUCUCCCACAAUUCAAAGGACGGUGGAGGCGGCGGGCGAGGCGGUGGUGGCCGUGGACGUGGUGGUGGUGGUGGUGAUGACCUGAAAUGUUACGAGUGUGGUGAGCCUGGUCAUUUUGCCCGUGAAUGCCGCCUACGUGUGGGCCCACGUGGGUUAGGUAGCGGGCGGCGUCGCAGCCCUAGUCCCAGACGACGAAGAAGUCCAAGUUAUGGUCGUCGAAGUUAUAGUCCGAGAUACAGUCCACGUGGGAGAAGGUCUCCACCUCGCCGGAGCAUAUCACCUUACAGAGGACGUGCCAGCAGAUCGCCACCUCCAUAUCGCCGUGCCAGGCGUGAUUCCCCAUAUGCUAACGGAGUUUAAGAUGGAGUGAAGAAGGAAUGGAUUAUGGAAGGACGAGAAUGGAAAAAUGAUAGGUUGGGGUUAAUAUGUUUUUUUUCGUGAUGAACAAAUUUGGGGUAGGGUUCUAUUUAUUAUAUAUUUAUAUAUGAAUGAUGAAUCAUGAUGAUGAUGAUGAUGACAUUGUGGUGUGUUUGUACCUGGCAUCCGAUGUGGAACUGCACUUUAUACCCGCCAAAAAGGGGUUGCUCAUCGGCUUAGAGGUCCAUUUCUUUUCUUCAAUUGCUUUGUUUACUCUGUCAUGAAGCAUGAUAUUAUUAUUAGUAUUAUGAUAUUUAAGUGUAUUUUGUUUCUAAACAUUUUUUUUUAAUUUUUUCUUUUAUAUAUUUUGAGGUUUGGUUAUCGGCUGAGAACCAACCAACCAACCAACCAUCGUCUUCAUCAUCAUCUUCUAGUUUCUGCAUCAUCUUAAGACUACUACUACUACUCUUGACACACGGUUUAGCUUCGCAUCUUCAUCUUCAUCUCUGCUUCUUCUUUGAAACUGCAAAUUUUGGUCAUCAACUAUUUAAUGACACUCUGACUCUGCGACAAAGCUUCUCACGUCUUUAACACAGUCAGUCCACUUAUCUUGGUUCUUUGUCUGCUGGUUGCUGAGCUUUUGUUGUUUCUACUCGCCAAAAAGGUAAAAACAGUGACUUGUUGACUCCGCCUUGUACCCUUUUCUGCUGGGGCUGUGGGUCCUACUUUUGCUUUUGGGCUCUAGUGAAACCAGUCGCCAACGUUUAACGGAUUAUAUGGUGAAUACCUCUACCUGGUUCAUAUGUUUGGUGUUUGUUUUGACUUUGUUUUCUCCCUGAAGGUCGCAUAUGUAAGUAAAGUAGUCAUGAAUAUGUUGAUAAUUAAUCCUUGAAUUCAAACUUUUUUAAUCACCA